AUGGCGGAACGGGCCAAUCUGGUAUUUCACAAUAAAGUGAUAGAUGGAACUGCUAUUAAACGACUUAUUAGCCGAUUAAUAGAUCACUUCGGGAUGGCAUAUACAUCACACAUCCUAGAUCAAGUAAAGACUCUGGGUUUCCAGCAAGCAACUGCUACAUCCAUUUCAUUAGGAAUUGAUGAUCUUUUAACGAUACCUUCUAAGGGCUGGCUUGUCCAAGAUGCUGAACAACAAAGUUUGAUUUUGGAAAAACACCAUCAUUAUGGGAAUGUACAUGCGGUAGAAAAAUUACGCCAAUCUAUUGAGAUAUGGUAUGCUACAAGUGAAUAUUUGCGACAGGAAAUGAAUCCUAAUUUUAGGAUGACGGACCCUUUCAAUCCAGUCCAUAUGAUGUCUUUUUCGGGAGCUAGAGGAAAUGCAUCUCAAGUACAUCAAUUAGUAGGUAUGAGAGGAUUAAUGUCGGAUCCCCAAGGACAAAUGAUUGAUUUACCUAUUCAAAGCAAUUUACGCGAAGGACUGUCUUUAACAGAAUAUAUUAUUUCUUGCUAUGGAGCCCGUAAAGGAGUUGUAGAUACUGCGGUCCGCACAUCAGAUGCUGGAUAUCUUACGCGUCGACUUGUUGAAGUAGUUCAACAUAUUGUUGUACGUCGAACGGAUUGUGGCACUAUCCGAGGGAUUUCUGUGAGUCCUCGAAAUAAAAGUCGGAUGAUGUCAGAAAGAAUUUUUAUCCAAACAUUAAUUGGUCGUGUCUUAGCAGACGAUAUAUAUAUAGGUUCCCGAUGUGUCGCCUUUCGAAAUCAAGAUCUUGGGAUUGGACUUGUCAAUCGAUUCAUAACCUUUGGAACACAAUCAAUAUCUAUUCGAACUCCCUUUACUUGUCGGAGUACAUCUUGGAUCUGUCGAUUAUGUUAUGGCCGGAGUCCCACUCAUGGUGACCUAGUUGAAUUGGGGGAAGCUGUAGGUAUUAUUGCGGGUCAAUCUAUUGGCGAACCGGGGACUCAACUAACAUUAAGAACUUUUCAUACCGGUGGAGUAUUUACAGGAGGUACUGCCGAACAUGUACGAGCCCCUUAUAAUGGAAAAAUCAAAUUUAAUGAGGAUUUGGUUCAUCCUACACGUACACGUCACGGGCAUCCUGCCUUUCUAUGUUAUAUAGACUUGUCUGUAAUUAUUGAGAGCGAAGAUAUUAUACAUAGCGUGACUAUUCCACCAAAAAGUUUUCUUUUAGUUCAAAAUGAUCAAUAUGUGGAAUCAGAACAAGUGAUUGCUGAGAUUCGCGAGGGAACAUCCACUUUUCAUUUUAAAGAGAGGGUUAGAAAAUAUAUUUAUUCUGACUCCGAGGGCGAAAUGCAUUGGAGUACUGAUGUAUCCCAUGCACCCGAAUUUACAUAUAGUAAUGUCCAUCUUUUACCAAAAACAAGUCAUUUAUGGAUAUUAUCAGGAGGUUCUUGUGGAUCUAGUCUAAUUCUUUUUUCGAUCCACAAAGAUCAAGAUCAAAUGAACAUACCCUUUCUUUCCGUCGAAAGAAAAUCUAUUUCUAGCCUCUCAGUGAAUAAUGAUCAAGUGAGCAAAAAAUUUUUCAGUUCAGAUUUUUCUGAUAAAAAAAAAUCUGGGAUUCCCAAUUAUUCAGAAUUGAAUGGAAUCGUAGGUACUAGUCAUUAUAAUUUCAUAUAUUCUGCUAUUUUUCAUGAGAAUUCGGAUUUAUUAGCAAAAAGGCGAAGAAAUAGAUUUCUCAUUCCAUUCCAAUCGAUUCAAGAGCAAGCGAAAGAGUUCAUACCACAUUCAGGUAUCUCGAUUGAAAUACCCAUAAAUGGUAUUUUCCGUAGAAACAGUAUUUUUGCUUUUUUUGAUGAUCCUAGAUACAGAAGAAAGAGUUCCGGAAUUCUUAAAUAUGGAACUCUAAAGGCGGACUCAAUCGUCCAAAAAGAGGAUAUGAUUGAGUAUCGAGGAGUCCAAAAAUUUAAGACAAAAUACGAAAUGAAAGUAGAUCGCUUUUUUUUCAUUCCUGAGGAAGUGCAUAUUUUACCCGAAUCCUCCGCCAUAAUGGUACAGAACUAUAGUAUCAUUGGAGUCGAUACACGAAUCACUUUAAAUAUAAGAAGCCAAGUCGGCGGGUUGAUCCGAGUGGAGAGAAAAAAAAAAAGGAUUGAACUCAAAAUAUUUUCGGGGGAUAUCCAUUUUCCGGACAAGACAGAUAAGAUAUCCCGACAUAGUGGCAUCUUGAUACCGCCAGGAAGGGGAAAAACAAACUCUAAAGAAUCAAAAAAUUUAAAAAAUUGGAUUUAUGCCCAACGGAUCACACCAACCAAGAAAAAGUUUUUUGUUUUGGUGCGGCCCGUAGCUACCUAUGAGAUAAUGGACAGUAUAAAUUUAGCAACACUCUUCCCACAAGAUCUCUUUCGGGAAAAGGAUAAUAUUCAACUUCGAGUUUUCAACUAUAUCCUUUAUGGAAAUGGUAAACCAACUCGAGGAAUUUCUGACACAAGUAUUCAAUUGGUUCGCACUUGUUUAGUCUUGAAUUGGGACCAAGACAACAAAAAUUCUUCCCUCGAGGAGGUCCGCGCUUUCGUUGUUGAAGUAAGUACAAAGGGUUUGAUUCGAGAUUUCAUAAGAAUUGGCUUAGUGAAAUCCCAUAUUUCGUAUAUAAGAAAAAGAAAUAAUCCGCCGGAUUCGGGAUUGAUCUCUGCAGAUUCCGUGAAUCCGUUUUAUUCGCUUUCUCCCAAGGCUGGCAUUCUUCAACAAUCGCUUAGACAAAAUCAUGGAACUAUUCGUAUGUUCAGAAAUAAGGAAUCCCAAUCUUUGUUAAUUUUAUCAUCCUCUAAUUGUUUUAGAAUCGGUCCAUUUAAUCAUGUAAAAUAUCACAAUGUUAUAAACCAAUCAAUAAAAAAAAAACCUCUAAUUACAAUUCAAAAUUCGUCGGGCCCCUUAGGAACAGCCAUUCAAAUUUCGAAUUUUUAUUCAUUUUUGCCUUUACUAACUUAUAAUCAGAUCUCUGUAAUUAAAUAUUUGCAACUUGAUAACUUCAAAUAUAUUUUUCAAAUAAUUCACUCUUAUUUAAUAGAUGAAAACGGAAGAAUUUUUAAUCUAGAUCCAUACAGUAACCUUGUUUUGAAUCCAUUCAAAUUGAAUUGGUAUUUUCUUCAUCAAAAUUAUAAUAAUUAUUAUUGUGAGGAAACGUCCACAAUAAUAAGUCUUGGACAAUUUUUUUGUGAAAAUCUAUGUAUAGCCAAAAAAGAACCAUACCUAAAAUCGGGUCAAGUUUUAAUUGUUCAAAGGGAUUCUGUAGUAAUAAGAUCCGCUAAGCCCUAUUUGGCUACUCCGGGAGCAAAAGUUCACGGGCAUUAUAGAGAAAUUCUUUACGAAGGGGAUACAUUAGUUACAUUUAUAUAUGAAAAAUCGAGAUCCGGUGAUAUAACCCAAGGUCUUCCAAAAGUAGAACAGGUGUUAGAAGUCCGCUCGAUUGAUUCAAUAUCACUGAACUUAGAAAAGCGGAUUAAGGGUUGGAACAGGUGUAUAACAAGAAUUCUUGGAAUUCCUUGGGGAUUCUUGAUUGGUGCUGAGCUAACUAUAGUGCAAAGUCGUAUUUCUUUGGUUAAUAAGAUUCAAAAGGUUUAUCGAUCCCAGGGGGUGCAGAUUCAUAAUAGGCAUAUCGAAAUUAUUGUACGUCAAAUAACAUCAAAAGUUUUGGUUUCAGAAGAGGGAAUGUCUAAUGUUUUUUUACCUGGAGAAUUGAUUGGAUUGUUACGAGCAGAACGCACGGGGCGUGCUUUAGAAGAAGCAAUCUGUUAUCGAGCCGUUUUAUUAGGAAUAACUCGAGCAUCUUUGAAUACUCAAAGUUUUAUAUCCGAAGCAAGUUUUCAAGAAACUGCUAGAGUUUUAGCAAAAGCUGCUCUUCGGGGUCGUAUCGAUUGGUUGAAAGGCCUGAAAGAAAAUGUUGUUCUAGGGGGUGUGAUCCCCGCCGGGACCGGGUUCAACAAAGGAUUGGUGCAUUGUUCACGGCAACAUACCAAUAUUCUUUUUGAAAAAAAAACAAAGAAUUUAUCUUUAUUAGAGGGAGAUAUGAGAGAUAUUUUAUUUUAUCACAGGGAAUUUUGUGACUCUUCUAUUUACAAAUCUGCCUUUUCUAGAAUUGAAUAA